AUGGGUAUCGAGUCGAGAAAAGCUCCGCCGUUACCUGCACCGACCGAAUCCGAAUCUCUCACCACACCCACCGAGCUUGCGACCGAUAUUUCGAGAACAGCCGACGACAAGUCGUCCUAUUCGCUACCCGACGACGGAACGCCUGUCACCAUCAAGACUCGUGGCCACAGAGCCAACAAGUCGCAGACGUCAUUGCUGAUCGAGUACUUUGAAGGUGGCAAAAGCCCCCGCAGCUCGCCCGACGCAACCAGCUCUUCCAAGCGGAAGCCCAGCGUUCGCGUGCGCCUCACGCCAUCCAAGGCCCGCGGGAAGAACGACCGUAUUCAGAUCACCGAGACAAAGAGCUCGCGGAAGAGCUCGUUAAGCCAAAGAGCCGCAACCGCCAGCCCUACGGCUGGAAGAAGCCAGGUCAAUCUAGUGGAUCCAGAUGAUACUAGGAGCAUGAACUCAUACGCAUCGGCAACCGAGGAGUCCAAUGUCUCCCGCAAUCCCAUUGAGGUGGAGAUAACGCCAGGCCACUAUCGCCGGCGUGAUCGCAAGGUGUCGAGCCCGCUGAUCCCGGCUACCGACAGCAAGGCCUCAUCUUACAUGCCACCUGAUAUGUCAGAUAUAUCUGCCAUCCCGACGGACAGCUUUUUGGAUGGUUCGGGCGGUACUACAGUGUUGUCUCGUGAGGAGAAGCGAAGUAACAGUCCAUCAAGGGGGGAGGCGUUAGCAGCUGGUGUUGCUGCAGGACUCGUCGCUUCUGCCGUAUCAGACCGAUCGCACCGCAAACACCGGAGUGGGAGCCAUGACAGAAGUCGAGAAAAGAUCCUGGAAAAGUCCAGCAAGACUUCAGAUCGUAAACACAAGUCCAAAAGCAGGACGAGCAGCCUAAGCGAAAAGGAUACAGAGUUGAGCCGGAGUUCGCAACGCCGGAGAGCAAGAGCUGGCCACAAGGAAUCCCUGGUCUCAGCCGUCGACUCCAGCGUGCUCUCAUCCCAGGUGACGCCAAGUCACAGAUCUUAUGAUUCAUAUUCCUCCUCCAAGGUGUCGAUCAACAACCCGAAACUACUCGAAACAGUCGAAGAUGCCAUUCGGCGACUGAUUCUUCCAGAGUUGGACGCCAUCAAACGGGAGCGAAGUCAGCGCGAAACCCGCGAAACGCGGAAAAUCAAAGAUCGCGAUUCACUAUCGAGUCUAACUUCCGCUUCGCGGGAAGAUAUAUCCAUCACGAACAACAAGAAGUCUGGCGACGUGACGCAUUCUGUCAAGUCUAGAGAUAGAGAGGCUCGCAAUGAUCUAUCUCCCCACAGCAGCAUCGAUCAAGUAUCUGUGGAGUCCAUUGAAGCUGAAGAUGAUACGCCUCGCCGCGGGAAAGACAGGCUCGCAGAUGCUGCCGCGUUGGGAGGUGUAGCUGCAGCCGGGGCGGCAUUGGGUGCUGUUGUUGAACGAUCUCGGACCGAUGAGAAACGACAGAGGAGACGCCGAAGAGCCAAGACGCCGGAACGCGGCAGGGCUGCAGAGGAGUAUGAUGAGGUUGAACAUGAGGUCAUCCCGCCCAUGCCGCUGGCAAGCGAAGUCAACCAAAGUGAGUUAACGCGGACGUCGAUAUUGUCUGCAGACACGGAUCGGCCGCAUUCUGCCAGUGAGGAAAUGACACCUGUCCGUGAGGUCAGCAGAGGAGUUGCAUCGAUGGAGUCGAUUCAUGAUACCCCAACACCAACGCGAACUCCAAACCAAACUCUUCACGGCCUCGGCGCUACUCACGCCAAUAUCUCCCACGGCGAUCUGAAGGCGCUUCCUCGCAAAGGCGCAGCCGAGUAUGAUGAGGAGUACGAGGAUAGUGAGCUUAGUCAGAGGUACUCGCAAGAACGGGACGAGUAUGACGAUGAGUACGAUGAAGCAGGCCAUCUAGCCGAGCCAGGCAUGUAUGAAGAGUCUGGUAUGGACCGACCAUACUACAACUCACAGGAUGUGCCACCGCCCUUGCGAUAUGUUCCGUACCAACAGGAGCGACGUGGACUAAGCCCUAUCCAGAGUGUUUCUGGAUAUACGGAAGGUGAAAGCGAAAUCAACCAUCGCCGCGAUUCGAGAGCGACGUAUAGCGAGUUGUCCUCCCCUGGCAAGUCACCUGGGCACGACAGAGGGUUCAACACGCCAAGCUCGGUUUCCAGCAACAUGCGAAGCCGCGCGUUCGGCGAUGAAGAAAGCAGUGUCCGGAGUUCCGGUCACUAUCGUAAUACGACCUACACUGAAGAUAGCGAGUUGGACCAUAUCACGUCCGGGCAGGCUGUCCGCGGAGUCGGUGCGAAUCCCGAUAUUAUAGACUCACCAAUUGGUGUCGAGUCACAUGUCGCUUCCUUGGUUGAUGGCUCCGUCUUGGAACCAUCUCUUCUGAGUGGUGGCCAGGAUUAUCGUGACUCGCAGUUGUCCUACGAUAGUGCUGGAAGGUCACGGAUGUCUUACGAGGAUGGCGGGAAGUCACAACUGUCUUAUGAAGGGGGUGAAAAGUCACAGCUUUCUUAUGAGGAUGGUGGAAAAUCACAGUUGUCUUACGACGAUGGCGGAAUAUCGCAACUAUCAUAUGAUGAUGGAGGAAUGUCACUGCUAUCUCACGAGGGAAGAGCAGACCACAGCUCAAGACCGUCCAGCCCCGCAAAGAGAUCGGUCCAGAGUCGCGUUGAAGCUUUUGAAGAGCGCAGCUCCCCGGCACCAUCCAAGCUGAGUCGAUCGAACGCGUCCCGCGAGUUCUCAGAGUAUGAAAUGGACGAGUAUGGUCGGAAGGUACCGAAAUCCAAAUAUCGUCAAUCGCCUACCGAGUCGGAGCAAAGAAUCACAAAUGCAGCGGUCGGUUUGGCAGCGGCGGCUGCCUUGAAGGCCAAGAACGAUGGUCAUCAUUCACCCACUGUUGAGUCUGUUAGCGAGGAGCAGUACAUGGGAGAGGGUGUGUCACGCAAUCGGUCAUUUAAAGAACGUGCGAAGAACGGCUACCGACCAAAUACCACGCCGCGUCACAGUGUGGAUCGCCUUUCCGAUGGUUACCAGACACCCAAGAUGGUAGCCAGUGGACUACCUGACGCGAAUCAUCCCAUGCCUGAGAUUGGAUACUACGAUGAGGAGCAUCAAACGCCGUCCGUUGUUCAAGGACCCUUGGGCGGCUCUCAGCACGGAAGCCACGAGCAAUGGGCCGAAGAGCAUACGCCAACCCAAGAGAAAACGUUUGACUUCGACAGGGCAGCCACUCCAAAGGCGAGCGAAAAGGACAACACUAAAGGUCAAGGCUUGGGCCUCCAAGAGGCUGCUGCUGUAGCUACUCUGGCUACCGCUGGAGCUUUGGCUGCUAAACACAGCCGACAGCCGAGCCAGGAACAAGAAGACGAAUGGCAGCGCAACUCUGAAGAUCGGAAGCGAGACACGUUGGUUACGAACCCCUACGAGGGUACAAGCCCCAUUGCCAACAUCCCUGGUAUUGAUGGCUAUGGCGGCACUGAUGUCUAUCGUAGAGGCUUCAAUACGGGCAGCCCAGGACUGCCUCAAGGCGAUGAGGGCUACAUAUCUGCUGCACCGAAUGAGGCUCGUGAUGCCCAGGACGGAAAGGGCAAAGGUGUUGGAUUUGUUGAUCAAGCUUCUAACAAUGACGACCCGUUUUAUAACUCGAUGACGAUGCCAAAGCAUACCAGACACCUUAGCGGCAUGUCUCAGGCCAUGGGCUCGCCUCUGUAUGAUCCCGCCACGGGCACUGGCAUUGACCGUAUCCAGUCCAAGGACAUUAUUGCCUUGAUGGAACAUCUCAUGGUUCGCGAUGCACAACGGAGUGCUAGAGACACUGAGAUGCUCGUUACCCUGGUCAGAUCUGCAGCCGAGAUGCGCAACUCCUUUAAUGACAUCAAGAGACUCCUGGCCGAUACCGAGGACCAAAUAAUCGGUGAAGUCAAGGACAACACGGAAAAGACGGUACAGCGCCACCUUGGUGGUCCGAGACCAAUCCCUGGUAGUGCCAGAGGAUCAUUGCAACUUGGAUCUCAAGCUGGCACCAUCUUUGACGAUCUACCAGCGAAGAAACGCAACCUGUUCCGACGCGCUCUCAAGGGUCUCAGUGCCAAGGGUACAAACGAUCUUGGAAGAAUUGAGGACAUGCUUAUGCAACUGCUCACUGAUGUUGACGUGCUCAAGCACCAGUCCGUUCCGACCAACGUGACGAGCACACGUAACCAGUCCAUGGAUAAUCUCCAGGCCGAUAUGCCGUACGACGAGCAAGAACCUGAUCGGGGCUAUGAGCCAGAGGGCAAUGCUGGGACCUCCACUGCCAGUCAUGGUAGUCAGUCGGGACACCUCUCCAUUCCACAGUCUCGUGGGAAUUCUACGAAGCAGGGUUAUGAGCGGAAGUUUUCAGAUCAUCGCAUUAGCACCGUUCCGGAGGACAAUGAGGACGAGUAUGACAACCCGCGAGUCACCGCCGCUCACAAGUACGAAAACGUAGACUUGUUGAUGUCACCAGCUGUGGGGCCUGCUCGCGGCAGUUCAGUCCCCCUUGGUACGCCACCUCAGCCGUCCGCUCGGGCCACGAAGGAAUCAUUCAGCAACGAGAACACGCCUCUAACUGACACGAGCAAGAAACACAAGUCCAGAGGCUCUUCUAGCUUCUUCCCCAAGAUCUCAAGGUGGUCCGAGACAACAACGUCAAGCCUCGGGAAAGUCUUUCGAAACAGCGGCAAUCCCCGAAAGCAGGACCAAAAUGACGUUGAAGAGUUUCUCCAGCACCCACCUUCGCGCUCCGGCUCGGAUUUGAACGACUACAACAAUUACCAGACCGACCCGUACGAAGACAAGCUGCACUCUGGCUUCUCAGAACAAGACCUACCAGUCACGUCGAUGCCUGAAGAAUCCGGUACAGUAGCUAGAUACGAACUUCAUGAUGGGCCGCCGGCCCCCUUAUUCUCAACCCCGGAGGAUCCCAAGUACAAAGCACACCGCAACUCGCUCAACUUGCAACACCCUCAGCCACGGCCUGGGCAAACGGAACGCUUCCGCACAGCCCUCGAGUCGUCCGCACAAGACUACGAUACGCCCAUGAGCCCAAGGUCAACAGAUUGGGCUGGCUCCGCCACGUCACUGAAUCGGUUCCCGGAGCAACGGACACAGCGAUACAGCGACCAGACUGCCGCUGAUGAGUAUGCCUAUAAUGCGGCAUCGUCGCCUGCGGGCCAGGGACCACCACGACCACCCAAGGAGCCUCUCGACUCGAACACACCAGCACGCAAUGAGAGAAUCAACAAACUGCAGAAGAAGCCCGUUGGCGGUCACUCUCCACUUCCGUAUCACAGCGUGGAGAGCGGAUAUGGCACUGCAACGGCCACUGUGCCGAGCUAUCACUCGGGCAGCCCCAAGCUGGAAAACCGUAACCUGAGCGGCGCGCUUAAUGUGCCAGCGCGAAGACCUAGUGGGCCUCGCGCUAUGACACCCUCUAGGGGCGCUAGUCGCAGCCGAGGGAGUGAGGAUGAUCAAAGCUUGAGAAGCCCAGCUGAGGCACCUUCAAGCGCGAGAGAGGAGAGGAGACGAAAGAGAGAUACAUUCGGCACGGUCACAAGCCAGGAAUCCGAGACGUUCUAG